AUGAAAUAUCCAGAAACAAACAUGAAAUAUGCAGGCGUUUGUUUAGAAAGCGAUGAUGAUGAAGAAGUACAUCCUAACAUAGACGAAAAGAGCUUUAGAGAGUGGAGGAGACAACAGAGACAACAGAAACGAGCAGAACUUCAGAAAAGACUCGAUGAAAUAAACGCAAUAGAUACACAUGACGAGGAGAUUGAAGCAGAGAAGAAAGAGUUGCAGGACAUACUAAAGCCACGCUAUGUGUGUGUAGAUUCUGGAUCAUUCACAAUUCCAGAACCUCAGGAAGAAAGGGACUAUUCAUCAGAGCUCGAGCAUCUGGUACAAAAUUGCACUCUGGACAACUUUAUUUCCAUAAUGAAUACAAAAGUAAUUGAUAUGGAAGAAUUUGAGUGUUUGGUGUUGCAUAACCUUGCUGAACAGAUUAAGGAAGGAAACGACUUUGGUGGUGUUAUUCUUUCUAAAAUAUCUCUGUAUGUAAGAUAUGCACGCUCACAUGGAAGAGAAUUCCUUGAAAAGCUGCGUGCACAACUUACAAAUGCAAAAAUAAAGAAGCAGUUUGAAGAAGAUUGUAUUAGGGACUUUGAAGAGACAAAGCAAAUGUUCCUAAAUCAAUUCGGCACACUCAACUCUACUCAUGCAGAUACAUCUUGA